UACCAUUAGCUCCCAGGUAACCUGAGGCAACUUUCGCAUACGAACGAAAUAAAAGUAUAUACUCUGUCCAGAUUUACGGAAAACCCCAACCAGUAAAAAAAACUGUUGCAAAAUCGUCGAUUUAAAACAAAUACUGCAGAGAAAGAAAUAUCGGCUUCUGAGCAUUUAAGGAAAGACUGGUACUUUUCUGGGGGAAUAAUAGGGGCGCUCUCGCGAUACUUUCUCGGGACUCGUGCUUUUCCUUCUUCCAUUCAGCAGAUCAGGGGGUGGGUGAUGUGUGGAGGGAGAACAGCGGCCGGCUGAGGCGACGUGGUUCCGGGACGCUGAGCGGCGGGGCUGGGGCUGAGGCUGAGGCUCGAGCUGGAGCGCGGACAGCGGCCGGCUGAGGCGACGUGGCUCCGGGACGCUGAGCGGCGGGGCUGAGGCUCGAGCUGGAGCGCGGACAGCGGCCGGCUGAGGCGACGUGGCUCCGGGACGCUGAGCGGCCGGCUGAGGCUCGAGCUGGAGCGCGGGCAGCGGCCGGCUGAGGCGACGUGGCUCCGGGACGCUGAGCGGCAGGGCUGAGGCUCGAGCUGGAGCGCGGACAGCGGCCGGCUGAGGCGACGUGGCUCCGGGACGCUGAGCGGCGGGGCUGAGGCUUGAGCUGGAGCGCGGACAGCGGCCGGCUGAGGCGACGUGGCUCCGGGACGCUGAGCGGCCGGCUGAGGCUCGAGCUGGAGCGCGGACAGCGGCCGGCUGCGGCGACGGGACAGGACCUCCCUUUUUCUCGGAGUUAUGUCCAUUAGGGGAGGAAAGGAGGGGGCGUCGGCCAUAGACUCGCCGGCGCACGGCGCUCCCCCAGCAGGCUCGCUGAUGUUCACCGCGCCGCCCCGUUCCAGGAUCUACAAGAUCAUCGUCAUCGGCGACUCAGGCGUAGGCAAAACUUGUCUGACCUACCGCUUCUGCGCUGGCAAGUUCCCCGAUAAGACUGAAGCCACCAUCGGGGUGGAUUUCCGAGAGAAGACGGUGGAGAUAGACGGAGAAAAAAUAAAGAUUCAGCUUUGGGACACAGCUGGCCAGGAACGUUUUCGGAAGAGCAUGGUGCAGCACUACUACAGGAACGUCCAUGCUGUUGUCUUUGUGUACGAUGUGACUAACCCUGUUAGCUUCCAGAGCCUUCCAGCCUGGAUUGAAGAAUGCAAACAGCACUCACUAGGUGGAGAAAUUCCACGCAUCCUAGUGGGAAAUAAGUGUGACCUGAAAGACUCCACCAAAAUUAAAACUGACCUUGCUCAAAAAUUUGCUGAUACUCAAAACAUGCCGCUGUUUGAGACCUCGGCUAAGAACCCAAACGAUAACGAUCACGUAGAAGCCAUUUUCAUGACUUUGGCUCAUAAGCUAAAGAACCACAAGUCCAUGAUGCUUAGCCAACUGCAAGUAGAUCAGUACAAAGUUGAGCUGGAAUCUGAACCAAAGCCAAGUGUGGAGUGUUACUGUUAAAGAGAAAUUAUUUGUUUUCCAUUUGAAACAAAAUGAAAAGUGCUUUGCUGCUAAGUACUGUGUAGAGUGUGGACAAGGCUGCAAUGAGUUCUCUGACUAUGGCAGAUCUUGUUGCCAUCCAUCAUAGGAAAUGUGGUUGAACAAGAACGAGGAUUCAUCCUGGCGAAUACUGACUGAAAAUGAAGUCAGCGGACAGUCCAGAAUUGAAAAGCGUCCAUUUUCUGGUAUUGGUUAUCAGUCAUUAAUUUUGUACCUCAACAUACAAGAGAAGUAUCUAUAUAUUUUAUUCAGUUAAUGUCAUUUUAUACUUCCUUGUCCUUUUCUUAGCUUUUCCUUAAUCUUUUCUAUUCCAUCUUGAAAUUGGGCAUCUUGGUCUUUGAAACCCCCUCAGUUGUUUAGUUGGUUAACAGCAAAUAGCUGAGUGUCUAGGAGCAGGAAGAUCUCCACGCUGUUAGUAAAUUCGGACCAGAGCAGCAGUUGGUCAUUUUUAUUAAUCUUAACUCUUCAUUUUCGGUGGGAACCAAAUGUGCUUCUAGCAUACUUGGAAAUAUCAUGAUGCCUGUGUUAGUUGGGUUAAAUUUUUGGACCUGCAUAGGAAAAGUGGUGACUUGAUUAAAGUAACUAUCAUGCAAAAGAUAUUGAAUGUUGAUGGGGAAAAGGAGGGAAGAUUGAAGAUUUUAUUUUUAAAGUAUUAGUGCACCAAUUUGCAUUCAGUUUUGCCAAACAACAUGCAGACAGGUGUUGCUGAAUUGUAACUUGUACUUCUGUGAUUUGGCUAAUACGAAAGUAUACAUUUUAAGUGAUUUAAUUAAAUUUGACUAGCAAGGUCUAAACUAAAACAUGUAAGGCUUUAAUUGUUUAAGUUUUUUUCUCAAGGUAAGAGGACAGGAAGAGCCAGUGUGUGCAUUUAUUCCUGGACAUGAAAGCUGGCUCUGACAAAGGAAAUGAUUGCAGGUGCUUCUGAACAAACGUUUUCCAAAUCUUCCCUCAGUAAAAUGGGGAGAAACAUCAUGAGAGAAGACAUGCAAGAAUGUCAGAAUCAUUCAUUCUGUCUCCUUUUGUUUGUAUCAAUGCAGCAAUAAGGUACUUACUGACUGCACUCUGAACUAUCAAGCAAUUUAUUCAUCAUUGACUAAAAAUGCAUGUAUUAAUAGUAACCACUGAUGAAAGAUGAGGGGCUGAGUUUUAAUGCGUAAUCUAUCCAGAAUUGCAGAUGAUGGUUGGAUUUCCAAUAAUUCACCAUUGUAAUGAGCGAGCUGAAAAUAAAUCAUUAAUUGUCAUACUUAAUCCAUUAUCAAGAAUAGCUUCAUUAGUUUAUUAAAUUUGCACUAAAACAAUCAAUUUUAAAUAUUAAAAAAUUACAAACUUAAUUCUGUUUGUUCCAAUCUUUUAGAUUUGCAUUAUCUGCAUAUUUUAAGUCUUCGUUGAUGUCUGUAUUGAUUUUGAAAGAACACAGUUAAUUAAUAAAACCUACUUUGCUUUCCACUUAAACAGU